AUUGGAUGCGAUCCAACAACACAAUCCCAAAGAAGAAGGGCUCUUUGACGCAACUACGUGGGAUUAUUUUAAAUAGGACAAGAUGGCCGAGGUUAGCGGGCUGAGGAAACGGAAUCAUUUCGAACAAAACCGCAAAAGACACGUCUUUGACGAAGGUGCGGGUGGUGUGGAAGAUGUUCCUCUGUCCCUGCCAGAUCGGAAGCCUCCUCCCAGGAUGGCGCCUCGGGCAGAGGCGGAUAGCGAGACAGACGAGGAGUGGGAACAGGCCCCAGAGCUGACUGCUGCCUAUCAGAGUCCUGUCAAGGAGCAACCUGUAGAAGAGGUGGUGGUGGAGGAGAAGGCUCGGCCCAUCCAGAUUGUCCUGGCUCACGAAGACGACCACAAAUUUGAGCUGGACACGGCGGCUCUGGAGAAGCUCUUACUGCAGGAGGAUGUCAGAGACCUUAAUGUGGUGGUGGUGUCAGUGGCUGGGGCCUUCCGUAAGGGCAAGUCCUUCCUGCUGGAUUUCAUGCUCCGAUACAUGCUCAACCAGCAGCAGCAGCAGUCAGACUCAUGGGUUGGGGCUGAUGAUGAGCCACUGACAGGGUUCAGCUGGAGAGGAGGCUGUGAGAGGGAGACCACAGGGAUCCAGGUCUGGAGUCAGGUGUUUGUGGUCAACAAGCCGGAUGGGAGCAAGGUUGCUGUUCUGCUAGUGGAUACACAAGGAGCCUUCGACAGCCAGUCUACCAUAAAGGACUGUGCAACGGUUUUUGCCUUGAGCACCAUGACCAGCUCUGUACAGGUGUAUAACUUGUCCCAGAAUAUUCAGGAGGAUGAUCUUCAGCAUCUCCAGCUCUUCACAGAAUACGGCCGGCUUGCUUUGGAGGAAAUCUAUCUAAAACCCUUCCAGUCUCUCAUGUUCCUCAUCAGAGACUGGAGCUAUCCAUAUGAGCACAACUAUGGACUGGAGGGAGGUAAACGCUUUCUAGAGAAGAGACUGCAGGUGAAACAGAACCAGCACGAGGAACUGCAGACCGUGAGGAAACACAUCCACUCCUGCUUCUCCAACAUCGGUUGCUUCCUACUGCCCCACCCCGGCCUCAAAGUGGCCACCAACCCCAUGUUUGACGGCAGAUUAAAAGACAUUGAUGGUGACUUUAAGGAGGCACUGGGUAAUCUGGUGCCCUUACUGCUGGCUCCUGAGAACCUGGUGGAGAAGGAGAUUGGAGGGGCUAAAGUGACCUGCAGAGAUCUAGUGGAGUACUUUAAGGCCUAUAUAAAGAUCUAUCAAGGGGAGGAGCUUCCUCAUCCUAAAUCAAUGUUACAGGCAACGGCUGAAGCCAACAACCUUACAGCAGUUGCUGGAGGAAAAGACACUUACAGCAAAAGCAUGGAAAUGGUGUGUGGAGGGGACAAGCCCUACAUCGCCCCUGCAGACUUGGAACGCUGCCACGAGGAGUUCAAGGAGUGCUCGGUGCGUCAGUUCCGCUCUGUGAAGAAGAUGGGAGGGGAGGACUUCUGCAAGAAAUACCAGGAGCAGCUGGAGGGCGAGCUGGAUGAGGCCUAUUCCAACUUCCAUAAGCACAACGAGGGCAAGAACAUCUUCUACGCUGCACGCACACCCGCCACGCUCUUCGUUGUCAUGUUCACCACCUACAUCGUCUCAGGGCUGACCGGCUUCAUUGGAAUGAACACUAUUGCCGUGCUGGCCAACCUGGUCAUGGGCGUGGCUCUCAUAACUCUCUGCAUGUGGGCCUACGUCAAAUACUCAGGGGAGUUCAGAGAUGUGGGCACCAUCAUAGACCUGUUGGCAGAGACACUCUGGGAACAGGUGCUUUCCAAACUCUUUGAGUUGGCCAGGAGUCGAAUCACGUGGCACUCUUUCCUACCAUCAGCAGCAAUGCAGAGAAAGAGACUCUCCUCAAACAACAAUGACAAGAAGACUCACUAACCUUUCUGGCUAGCUGCUUGGCUCUUUAUUUCCAAAUGCAUCUGCAGUCCACUCUUGUCAUUCCUUGUGACAUAUGGGGCUGGUCUUAAUUACAGGGAGGUUGUGUUUGCCUAGUUCAUUCUACAUGUAGAAUAUGCAGGUUGGCACUCCCUAAUCUUCUGAUUGUAAUCACAGCAGGCCCACUGGAAUUGGCCUACUGACUAGUCUUAAAUCAUCUCAACAAUUAUUUUUAUUUUUUUAUCCAUUUGUUCAUUUGCCAUUCUGCUCUUGUCAUUCCUUGUGGCCUAUGGGGUCUGUUUGUCAUUACAGGGAGGUUGUGGCUGGUCUUAGUUACAGGCAGGUUGUGUCUACGUAGUUCACUCUGUUCCAUGUAGAAUGCAGGUGUUGAAGCCACUGAGUGCACAAUAUAUGGAGGAUAACGUUAGACAGACUGUGGUUAACUCCAUCAGAGCCAGUCUGACGGAACAAGCCACACAGCACGCAAAAUUAAAGUCACACUGACCCCUCCUCCUGCUAUUACUCUACCAUCCACUCACCCCACCCCUUCACUCAGUGCUAAAUCCUAGGACUGUGGCACUGUGCAAACCAAAGUUUACCCUGCACAGGCCCAGCCAGCCUCCCUGUCUGCUGUAGUGGCCUGUCUUACUGCAGGCUACUCUACUCUUGGAUCCCCCCCCUGUUGGAAGGUGGACAAUCAGCGAGUUAAGAAGUAGUUGCCGGUCUGCUCUCACCUUUACCACAAUUUGACUGAUUCACACGCAACCCCCCCAUACACACCUAUGUCAGGAUUUUAAAUUAUGAAGAGUUGUUAGGUUUGCUGACCCGGUUUUAGUGUUGUCAUAUUAAGCAGAUUGCAAUUGCUUGGUUUCAAGGUUAAUUCAGGGAGUCCCAGCUCUUUGAUGGUGUGCCAUUGGAUGCAAGAUGAACUGUCUGCAUAGUCAUGCAUACUAUAGCCUAGCCAGUGUUCCUACCCUCUCUCCUGAUACUGUUUGGUUAACAGGGGUGGAUUUUGAAAUCCUUUUGAGCCUCUUUAGUUUUAAGAUACUGAUGUUUAAUCUUGCUUUAGUGUCUACCUACCAGUGUUAUCUACUGCAUGGUAUUAGACAAACACAGCAUAGCACUAUAAUAGGCCCUAGAGCUCAAUCUAUUGUGCUUAGCAGGGGAAUGUAAUUCAGACAGUUUCAUUAAUUUGCCUUUCUUGAAAACCCACAGGACAGUGGGAGUGAUCAAUGGUAUUGCACAUCUAGUUUUUCUUGUCUAUACAGCACUAAUGAUAUCAGUUAGGUCAAUGCUUUUGUACCAAUUCCAUCCACAACUGUCUCGCCUAGGAACGUGGCAGUUGUACAGUUCAUUUAAAAAAAUAGGGAAUGAUGUAUGACACAUUUUACACUUUGUAUAAAUUCUAAAGUGUUGGCGGGGUGUUUUUUGUUGAUUGGCCUAGUGUGGUUUAAGGAAUGUUUUGUGAUUGGUCUUAGUUGCAUCUUUUUCUGUGAUCUACUAUACUGGUACGUAAACAAACUCUAGGCUAGAGCAUUUAGAUUCCACCCCGGACAAAGCUUUCUGGAAUUUGAUAAGAGGGUCGAGAUUGUCUUUUUAAAUCACUUCCUGUAAUUUAUUUUUCAAUAAACAAGUACAUUGACCUUAUUGAUUAAAAUCGAUAAUCUACUGUUGACUCCUUGGUUUUGCCCUCGUUCCAAUAAACAAUCAUGGCUUGCU